AUGACUCAUAAUCAAUUUAUAGGAAGAAGGAAAAGACAAUCAAUUGCGUCUAUACCGCAUUCCAUUUCUGUGUCUUUAGGAUUACAAGAGCCCCUGAAUAAUUCUUUUGCACUAGGUAGUACUGCAGGAGGAGAUAGUGGUAUUGGAGGUAAUAAUGGUAAUAGCAACAGUAUUCCUGCUUCAAACAAUCAAUACAAUCCAUUGCAAACAAACUAUUUUGGCAGAUCUUAUGUUAGUGGACUUCUAUCCAAUUCUCCUGCAUUUAGACGAUUAAGCAGAAAUGAUUUUAACUUUGCCAGUAACAGCAGCUAUUUACCAUUAAAUAAUCCAAAUAACUAUAUUAGACCAAUUCAUCAAUCACAAAAAUUACAUAGGCAAACUGCAGAGAUUAGUGAAGAUUUAAGUGAAUCUUAUCAUGAUUAUAAUAAUAACAAUAAUAUUAAUAAUAAUAACACCAAGAAUAAGGAUAAUAAUAACAAUAACACCAACGAUUAUAAUAAUUAUAAAAUAGAUGAAUAUAUUGAUCUUGUUGAAACUAACAAAAGAAGAACGGCUGCUAUUGACAAUGUAGACAUAAUUGAUACUUUCAUAGGAAAUAAUAUGGAUGGUUUAGAUACCAAUAUCAAUGAUAUUACCACUAAUGCUACUAUUGGUUUAGAAGAUACUCCUCAACCAUAUCUAACUCCCAUUUCAUCUACUGUCUCUGGAAAUGAGUCGAUAACAACACAACUAUUAGUACCUACUGAAUCGUACAGAUCUUAUGGUUCCCACAUCCAAUCACAUCACAAUAUAGAUAUUGAAACAGGUAGUUCUAUAUUAGAAACAAAUCUUUCACCUUAUCAGAAAUUAUCGUCUUUGUCAUAUGACAUCAUUAACUAUCUACCUGCUUGUACAUUAGGUUUACUUUUGACUAUCUUAGAUGCUCUAUCAUAUGGUAUGAUUAUAUUCCCUAUUACUGAACCUUUAUUCUCUCAACUUGGUGCAACUGGGAUAUCGAUGUUCUAUAUAUCAACAAUAAUCUGUCAAACUAUAUUAUCCGGAGGAUGGUCUAGUUUUCCAUGUGGUAUCGGUAGUGAAAUGAUUGAAAUUACUCCAUUUUUUCAUACUAUGGCUUUCACUAUUAUGAACACUUUAGGCCAGGAUAAACCAGAAGAAGUUAUAACCACCACAAUAUUUUGUUAUGUCAUCAGUGCCAUGAUCACUGGGCUAACAUUCUUGCUAUUAGGAAAAUUGAAAUUAGGAAAGAUUGUCGGCUUUUUUCCUCGCCAUAUAUUGAUUGGUUGUAUCGGUGGUGUUGGCUAUUUCCUAUUGAUCACUGGUAUAGAAGUAUGUACAAGAGCCAAGAAAUUUGAAUAUUCUAUCCCAUUUUUAUCAGAUCUUUUUAUGGACACAGAAACUCUUUGGAAAUGGUUAUUACCUACAAUAUUAACUAUCAUUUUAAUCCUCACACAAAACCAUUUCCAAAAUUCACUGGUUUUACCAUCUUUUUAUAUUUUAACUUUGUUAUUAUUCCAUUUUAUAGUGGCCCUAAUUCCAAGUCUUUCAUUAACUCAACUACGUAAUUCAGGUUGGAUUUUCCCAAUGGCUGCAGCAGAUUCUAAAUGGUAUGAUCAUUAUAAAUAUUUUAAUUUCAAAAAUGUUCAUUGGUUGUUAGUGUUAAAACAAGUUCCUACUAUGCUGGCAUUAACUUUUUUUGGUAUAUUACAUGUCCCGAUCAAUGUUCCUGCAUUAGCCAUGUCUUUACAAAUGGAUAAAUAUGAUGUUGAUAGAGAAUUGAUUGCACAUGGUUGGUCUAACUUAAUUAGUGGUCUAUGUGGAUCCAUUCAAAAUUAUUUAGUUUAUACAAACAGUGUUCUGUUCAUACGAGCAGGUGCAGAUUCUGCUUUAGCUGGUUAUGUACUUAUUGUUUUCACCAUUAUUGUGAUGCUGAUUGGACCGGUCAUUAUCUCUUUAAUACCGAUUUGUAUCGUUGGAUCAUUAAUCUUUCUUUUAGGAUACGAAUUGUUAGUCGAGGCUUUAAUUGAUACAUGGGGUAAAUUAACAACUUUUGAAUACCUUACUGUGAUAAUCAUUGUUUUAACCAUGGGUAUAUUUGAUUUUGUUCUUGGUAUAAUAAUAGGUAUUUUGAUUGCAUGUUUCAAAUUUUUGAUUGAUAGUAGUAAAUUGCAGACAAUAAAUGGCGAAUUUAAUGGCACUAUAGCCAAGAGUACUGUUUAUAGAGAUCCAAUUCAAACCAAGUUUUUAAAUGGUAUCGGCGAACAAAUUUAUGUAUUGAAAUUACAAAACCUUUUAUUUUUUGGUACAAUUAUUUCGAUUGAGGAGAAAGUUGAUAAAUUAUUGGAAAUUAGUGACAAAGAUUCAUCGAAACGCAGAAUUAAAUAUUUGAUUCUUGACUUUAAAAAUAUAAAUGCGGAUAACAUCGACUAUUCUGCAGCAGAAGGAUUUAAUAGAAUCAAACGAUUUACACAAACUAAAAAAAUUCAAUUAAUCAUAUCAUCUAUCCGUGAAAGAGACCACAUAUAUAAUGCAUUUAAUAAUGUCGGAUUAUUGGAUGAUGUUGAAUUGUUUAAUGAUUUAAAUAGUGCUUUAGAAUGGUGUGAAAAUGAAUUUUUGUAUCGAUAUAAGGAAAUUAGAGACAAAGCUAAAAGGAGAUUAAUAAAAUUGAAUAACAGUAAUAUUGUUAAUAACCGUGAUAAUAGUGUUACUCAUAAGACAUUUGAAAACAGCAGUGGUGCAAAUAAUAAUAGACUCUCCACAAUUCAAUCUUCUGAUAGUAAUAAUCCUACAGUUGUUGUAACUGAUCAUACAAAUAAUCCCAAUGAUAUUAGUGAUACUGGUAAAGGAAACAGUACUAUUGCAAAAUAUGGGACUGCUAUUAUCAAGAAAAAUAUAGGUCAAAAUGGUAUUAAUACAAAAUAUUCAUUCAUGUCAAUGCCAAUCAACACUCCUCGAAACCAUCAAAUAUUUUCAGUGGCACAGAACAUUUUCAAAACAGAUGAACAAACAGCUAAAACAAUAAGAAAUCAACUAAAAUCUGAAGAUCCUAUUGUCCUCUUACUAUUAUUAGCAUUAAAACCUUAUAGAUCAAGGAUAGCAUCGCCAGAGAAAAAAAUAAGAGAUCAAGAGAUAUCAUUAUGGAGUAGGUUAUCUCCAUAUUUCAAAAAAGGAGUUAUUGAAAAUGGGUCCAUUCUUCAACAUGAUAAUAACAUUUUUUUUGUUGUGGAAACAGGCGUUUUGAAGGCGUUAUUCAAUCUACCACAAGGCACUGUUUAUGAAACAAUGUCAAACAAGACCUGCUACGGUAAGAUGAUGAUUCAAUUUAAUAAUGUUUUAGAUACAACAGAAAACAAGAGUGAAGCCAAUAAGGGGAAUUUAAUUAUUAAAGCAGAGACAGAUGCUGUAUUAUGGGUUAUUGAUAAAGAAUCAUUGCAAACAAUGAGGGAGAAAGAACCCGAUCUGUUUAUUGAAUUGACAUUAUUGGUAAUGUCCAUUAAAGAUAAAAGAUUCAAAGAUCUUUUAGGACAUGCUUUAGUAAGCUCCUAA